GUAUUUCGGUAUCAAAAUCAUCAGCACUAGUUGAACCGUUAUCAUUCACAACAUUAGUCAUUAGUCAAUUCUCGACCGGUUCAGUGUGUUAACGUUGGAAUGUCUUGCUGCAAAGGUCCCGGCUACGCGUUUCCAUUAGACGCUUUUAACAAUGGCCCUAGAGAGGAGCUGUUGUACGUGAUCUGUGUACAACCCGACAAAACGAAGCAGGACUAUGUUGCUACGGUUGACGUAAACCCUAAAUCCUCUACUUAUAGUCAGGUCAUACACAGGACAUAUACUGGUGCAGUAGGUGACGAACUGCACCAUAGUGGAUGGAAUGUCUGCUCCAGCUGCUACGAUAGACCAGAACUGAAGAGAGACCUACUAGUCUGUCCAAGUCUCCAUUCAUGUAAUGUCUACAUUGUUGAUGUUGGUACAAAUCCCAGGAAACCAGAAUUACAUAAGGUAAUCGAUGGCUCAGAAAUGAGGUCGUUCAACUGCAGUUUCCCACACUCGGUACACUGCCUGGCGAGUGGAGAGGUCAUGAUAUCCACUAUGGGCGACGCAGAGGAAAAUGGAAAAGGAGAUUUUGUGCUGAUUGAUUCGAAGACUUUGAAAGUUACAGGUUCUUGGGCAAAAGGAGAAAAGAGAGCUAAAUUUGGUUACGAUUUUUGGUAUCAACCGUACCACGACGUUAUGAUCGCAACUGAAUGGGGUUCACCGAAACAUUUUAAAACCGGUUUCCACCCCGCGGAUGUAUCCAAUCCAGACUUAUAUGGAACCAGUCUCAAUUUUUACCGCUGGUCGACGCACGAGUUAAUUCAAGUUAUAGAUUUAGGGACGGAAGGGUAUGCACCCCUUGAGACCAGGUUCCUACAUAAUCCCAAAGCCGCUGAGGGAUUUGUGGGGUGCGCAGUACUAGGAAACGUAUACAGAUUUUACAAAAACAGCAAUGGAACAUGGAGCGCCGAUAAAGUCAUCGAUAUCCCAGCUAAAACUGUGUUACAAGGUGGAGCUGAAACUAAAAUUAAUGCUCUGGUAGGCGACAUAUUGUUGUCAUUGGACGAUAAGUACCUCUACUUAUCAUGUUGGAUGCACGGAGACGUGAGACAGUACGAUAUAUCAGAUACGAAAAAUCCAAAGCUCGUUGGACAAAUUUUCCUUGGCGGGCAAAUAGCGAACAACGACCUUCAUGUAAUCGAUGACAAGGAAUUGGAGGAACCACCAAAGCCUGUAAUUGUAAAAGGAAAAAGGCUUUAUGGCAGUCCACAGAUGAUACAACUAUCUCUAGAUGGAAAACGACUGUAUGCAUCCAGCUCUCUGUAUUCACCCUGGGAUAAGCAAUUUUAUCCUCAAAUGAUCAAAGAGGGUGGAUGGAUUGUGAAAAUAGAUGUGGACACCGAAAACGGAGGACUGAAGUUAGAUGAAGAUUUUCUUGUGCAUUUUGGUGAUGAACCCAACGGCCCGGUUUUACCCCACGAAAUUAGGUACCCUGGAGGAGACUGCACUUCAGACAUCUGGUUAGCUAAGGAAUAGCAAAGUGUGCCAAAGCUAAUAUUUUUAUAAAAUAAGAAUUUAAAAUUAAGCUUUAAAUUUCCGUUUGCACUUAUAAUGGUACCAACUAAGGUAAAGGUUAUUAGAUAAGAAUUAGGCAAAGGAUUUAAAUACUGUAUAAUGUGUAUAAUAAUGACAAUUUAAUUGUGUAUAGGGAUCAAUUUAGUUUCACUUGAAGUAAAAGCAGAAAGUUAGUCCUAUUGAAAAUUUGUCAACUAGAAACCGAUGCUAGAAAACCCUUUGCGUGUUGUUAAAGACUUAGUUCCAAGUAUGACUAUGUCUUACCUAGCACUAAGAUUCGACUCUGAUACUUGCCCUAAAAGUCUAAGUAAGUAGAACUGCCUUGCGAUUCUGUAACUGACUUUUCGAACUCACACAGCGGUUUUCAUAGCGGCAGUCGCGCUCAAAACAGUCGUAAAGCAGUCAUUUUACGAUUUGGCAUUCUGAUAAGAAGGAAACCGCGAAAACCGCUGUGUAAGAUCGACAAGUGAUUUACAGAAUCGCAAGGCUGUACGUCUUCUUCAGUGCAAACGGAGAAUACGCGAUAUACAUUAAUUUAAAAUACUCGCUUACAAUGUUAUUUUAAGCUUUUACCAAAAGACUGUUAGACCCUGAGUAAUCCAAUAUUUGAAUGUUUUGUAUAAAGUUGUAAAAGCGAAAUACAAAUGUAAUAAUA